AUGGCGGCGUCGCGCUGUGACUUUGACAAAGAUGUUGCUGGGUUUACGACGUCAUGCAUAACAGGGCGUGAUGAGGCGGUUCCUCUUCCUGUCCAGGCGCGCCUGACCUACCCUACGGACGAUGACAAGCCGCUGCACGUGGGGGUUUUGGUCACGACAUCUCUCGAGUUGUAUGCCAAUUUUACAAAGCUGUUUUAUCCAGUAAUAAAUCAUAUAGUUGACUACUCUUUACGUUGGUUUGAUCGGAUUACUUGGUGCCAGAGCGCUCAGCUGCUGAGACAAUCAUAA